UAGAUCUAAAAAUCCACAUGUAUUUUAUAACCAGAAUUAGCACAGGAUAGUUUUUAUCCCGAUUCUAUGUUCCCGUUUUCCGUCCCGACUUUCGCAUAGAUGAAGAUGUCUUUUUUGAAGCUCUUCAAAUUAUUUAUUUUGUAUUCAUAUUAAGUUUGGUCGAUAAAGGCUUCGCCUUCCCCUGCCAAUUGCUCCGGUCCUGUGCCAGCCUCAGUCAGACUCGACGCGAGACCUUUACUAUUUCAUCUCUCCAUCUUGCUCCCGGACGACCGACGCUUCUUUUGCUCUGUCUAAGUCCACCGGCCGACACUUCAUCUGGCCAAGUGGCCUGCCCAGCUCCACUUCAGCCCAGUGGCGUAGCUAUCAUAGGGCCAGGUGGUGCAGUGCACCAGGGCCCUCGAGCUCAGGGGGCCCUCUAGCCUGAGCGUUGGAAAAAAAUGAAAAAUUUAAAAAAAUCAAAAAAAAAAAUCCUGUGAGCAGGCUCGAGGCUCGAGCCUGCUCACAAGAUUAUCUUUUUUUUUAAUUUCUAUUUUUUUUAUCCAAAUCAGCAUCACCAAUAACACCAAAAUAACACUCCUUAUUUAACAUUUCCAACACAUGCACCAAGCGUCAUCGAUAAGCUCGUGCUGUUUGUUUGUUAUUGUUAUUUUAGUUAUAUGGUAGUUUGGAUGAGUACGCCCGUAGCACAUUGGAUCAGCUCACGUGCUUGACGGUCGUGAGCUUAAUUCACAAAUUCCGCCCAUCAACUUUUUAAUGAAGUUUUCAUUCGCUCUUGCCUUGCAUCAGUUCUUAUUUAUGAUAUUCGUGGCGAUGUUUUCAACUUUCUGGGGUCUGGAACAUACUACAGUAGUUGAUGCUAGGUGUAUCGCUGACUGUUGUAAUCCGUAAUUCCCUACUACCAGCCUUAUUUCAUCAAGUAUCACCGCUAAUGCUAUGACGUUCAUUCCGCACAUCCAUCAAUCUGGCACCAAAUUCUGUAAAACUCAUUUCCGCAAGAAAAAUUUCCAAUAACAAGAUAUGAAUGAUACAGGUUGCAGCACAACGGUAACCGUGUAAUUUAUGAUAGCUCUCAACCUGAUCGGCAAUCAAAAAUAACCAACGUUUUUCUAAACUUAAGUUCAAAUUGACAAACGAGAUACUAUCGAAACUAUAAUAUCUUCUUAUGAGUUAAUAUUGAUUUUACCGCAUCGUUGCCAAGCAAGCUGUUUUAUGGUCCUUUUCUGUUGAGCUUUCUGUAAUCUAUACUAAACAUUGACAAGCAAUAAAGGAAAAUCUCAGUAGGUACUCCGAAAGUCUAAAAUUUCGAUAGUUACCAGUUGAAAAUUAUGGAAAGAAAAAAGGAACUUAGCGGUGCCGCAAAGCGGAAACAACGUCAGGAAAGAGAAGAAAGUAAAAACAAAUUGCCCAAGCUAGAUAGCUUUUUUACGAAACCGCUUUCUGCUACAGUUCCUUCAACAGCCGAAACAUCGGUCAAAAGUGUCAAGUGUUCAUUUCUUGAUAGCAGACUUGACGCAGCUGUGUUAACUAAUAAAGUGAUUCGACUAGAUCAGGAUCCAAUAACUACCAAUACUACCAUCAAUGCCCCUGCUGAAAAUGACUACCUCGACGCUUCCGUGCAACCUACAGUAGAGGAAACAUCCAUUUCUACAUCUCCGAAAGUUCUCGAAAUUUCAAAUGACUUGGGAAAUUACAUGAACAAGAAACUGAUUGAUAACGAAAAACGUCUGAUUUUCGACAAGGGACCUUUAAAACUUCCGGGACCUUUUCCGAAGGACCCCCACCAAGACAACAGGAGCUUUUCAGAAACGUAUUACGUUUCUACGUCACAAUACGGUCCAGUUGAUCUUGGAUUUGGACAACGUUCGAACGUCGUACAAGUUCUUCGCAGAUUAUUUGAUAUAAUAAUUACCCUUGCGAAGAGUUCUUUGGCUUUGAGAGGACAUCGAGAGGAUCUGAGUGAGGGAGGAAAUCACGGAAAUUUUCUCUCAAUUGUCCAACUCGUUGCUAGAUACGACCACAUCUUGCGUCAAGUUUUGGAUAUGCCCAAAGGAUCAACAAGAUAUCUGAGUGCAACGAUUCAAAAUGAAAUGAUCGAGUGUUUGGGCACCAAACUGGAGAAUCAUUUAUUGGAUCGAAUCAGGGCGUCACCGUUUUUCACCAUCAACAUGGAUACCACGCAGGAUGUAUCAAAAGUGGAUCAACUGAGCAUCGUCGUAAGAUAUGCAGUGGUAUCAAGAUCGGAAAAUGGACAACCAAUCGAUAUUGAAGUAAAAGAGGUAUUUCUCGGUUUCCACGCAGUCAGUAAACACAGCGCCGCGGAUUUGGUAAAUCAAAAUCUCCGAAAAGGGUCUUGAUUUUAAAAAGUGUGUUGGGCAAGGGUACGAUGGGGCCAGUUUAAUGAGUGGUGCGUAUAAUGGCGUGCAAAAACGAGUUAAAGAUAUUCAGCCAAAUGCAGAAUACGUACAUUGCGCCAGUCAUAAUUUGAAUUUGGUCAUAAAUGAUGCCGUUCGAGGUUCUGUCGAAAUUCAGAAGUUUUUUGCAACAAUUCAAGACCUAUUUAACUUUUUUGGAAACAGCAUCAAGCGCUGGGACCUUUUAUCGAAAUUCACCGGUGAAUCAGAAAUUACCUUGAAAAAAUUGAAUCCAACAAGAUGGUCCAGCAGGGUUGAUUCAAUAACUGCAGUCAAACUUCGUUUUUUCGAUAUCGUUAAAGCAUUGUCCGAAAUAACGCUGAAGAGUUCCAGUAAAGACGAACGCAGUGGAGUAGAGAUUAUCAAAUCAAAAAUGCUGAAUUUUGAGUUUGUCUUUCUUUGUGAAUUCAUGCGCAGCGUAUUGAACAACAUCAAUUACGUUUCAAAAGUCUUGCAAAAACGUGACAUCGUUUUGGACGAAGCGACUAAGGCUUUGGACGGAACAACGGAUAAAACGGUUAAAAAAGUAUCGAAAUGACUUCGAAUCCUUCAAAUCCAAGGCCACCGAAACCGCGAAAAAAUACAACAUCGAUCCUACCUUCCCAGAAAAGCGACGAAGAAAAACUAAAAAGCAUUUCGAUGAAUUGGCUUCUGAUCACCGAUUCGAAAACCGGGAAGAAUGGUUUAGAGUAACUAUUUUCAACGAUGUACUCGACAUAAUAAUCGGUCAGUUAGAUGCGCGUUUCAGUGGUAUGAGUGCAAUUUGUAAAUCGUUCGACUUCCUCAUUCCGAAAAAUUUGCUCAGCUGGAAUGAAACGGUUUUAGUAAAAAAAUGUGAUCAGUUUCACAAGAAAUAUUGCGAUAUAAUUGGACCCACGUUUUCGAUGCAAUUUCUUAAUGUGCAUCAUCUGAUCCUCCCUCAAUUGACGGAGACGUGGUCUAUUCGCCAGCUUUGCAAGGAAAUCAUAACGAAAUUUGGCGUGCUCGAAUGUGACCUUACGGAAGUGUAUACAGCGAUGCUACUGUUUCACACAAUUCCUGUUACGUCCGCGGCAGCAGAAAGAUCUUUCAGUAAACUGAAGAUCAUAAAAAACUAUUUAAGAAACAGCAUUCGACAAGAUCGCCUCCGACAUUGAUCGUUGAUUGCAAUAGAAAACGAGGCGGCAUCAAACUUGGAUUUGAGUGAAAUCAUAGAUGAAUUCGCAAAAAUUAAAGCGCGCAAGAGAUUGUGAAUUGGACGGGGAAUUCUUUUAAAAAUCAUUUUUUCUCUUGAUUAAUAAAAAUUCUAUAUUGUUAUGUGCGUCGUUGUUUAUUUAGUCCCUUUGUCUUCCACUGAACAGAUGAAGAUUUUGAUAGAGACGACGUAUGGAUUUAGCCUACAAGGGAUGAUUCAACCCACUGUUUCCUAUUCUUAUUCCCUAUCAAUCAUUUUCACAUAAAUAUAUAAGUUCAAACUACGCGGAAAGAGGGGAGGAGGGCCCAAUUCUCUCCCUCUGCACCAGGGCCUUUGUCCCCCUAGCUACGCCACUGCUUCAGCCUCGUUAUUGUGUCACCGAUGUCUCGAACUUUGUUUCAUUUUCGGAUAUCCACAUUACGGACUCGGUCUUGGAGUUUGAUGCCUAGCAUAGCGCGUUCUCUGUGCCAGUUUAAUCUUAUGAACCUCAUAUGUGAGCGUCCAUGUCUCAGCACGAUAGGUCAUAGUGGGCCACACGCAAGGUUAAAGAGAGACUUAGUUUUUAAGCAAUGUGUGUUUUCGUGACUUAAUUAUAUCGUCCGGCUUUUCGAACGCUGUCCUCGUCUAGGAAUCUCGUGAAAAGUGUGUAGUGAAGUCUGAAUUCCC